CUUUUAUACCUUUGUUUCACCGUUUCUCUAAGCCAAUGAUAUUCCGAUUUCUGUAUCUUUACCCCCACCGCCUAUCUCUCCUCUAUCUAUCUUCGGAUGGAAAAAAUCCAGCAUCUACCAUUUCACUCCUCCCACUUCCAAUUGUGACACCCCUCAGAACCAUCACUAUCGUCCGAUCCAGCCACCACACCAUUCAGUUCAGAUCAUUUGAUUUCUUCCACGUCCUCCCCUUUUUUUAUCAAACGUUUUUCUUCCAUCAAUCAGUUUGCCACAUGCUACACCACCUUUCCUUUACCAAUCUCUUUCUUCAUAACACAGACCAUCUUCAAGAAAUUAAAGCUAAGCUUUUCUUCUCGAUUUCCUUUGCCUCCUCCAUCUCUAUCUCAAUUCCUUUACUUCCCACGGGGAUAGUGCUCCAAAAUAGCAACAAUACAGUCUCAAGCGCACGACGGAACUACACUCUCCACCAUCGAUCCCUUCGCUCCCUUAAUUAG